AUGUGGUUGUGUUUGGGCUCAUUACUUGUGACUCUGUCUGUCUGCCUCAAAGGUGAAGCACUGAUCGAAUUGAAACUGCUCGAUGGGCAUUUCCCGCAUCUCCUCAAAUCUGUCGAUGCGGAGAGUAAAGAUCAGUCUGACUGUCUAAGCGUUGAUACGAAAAUCGCAAAGUGCCGGGAAGUCCCCGGAAUGGAGGAUCGAGCAGAGGCUCAGCCGAAAGCGAGUGCAGAAGUGGCAAACAGGUCCGAGAUCCAUGCGGCCAUCGCGCAGCCGGGAAGUGUUCAAGAACUGCUCGAACUGUACCAACCAGAAAUGGCGAGUUCAACUGGUCCGGAUGAAGAGGGCCGAAUGGCCAGACUGAAGAUGGACUUCGAAAGGCUUCUCCAAGACACAAAAGCAUUGAUCGUAAGUCAACACCUAGUCGGUACGAAGAGAAACUGGGUUUCCAUGAAUCUUCUCAAAUAA